GAAAACAGCAUAAAUAAGCGUUUGGGUUCUUCGCGUUUGUUACGCUCUUUCUUUCACCGCUGUUUCUUCUUCUUGUCUUUCUUCUUCCACCAACAUUCGAUUCAACUGCUUCGGUUCGGUCUCUCUCACGUCGUGGUAACAACAAUCUGUUCCUCUUUCUCGCAGAUAGAUCCCAUUGCUGUUAAUGCGAUGGUUGUGAAAGUGAAAAGAGAAACUCUUGAAGCAUGCAUGACAUGCCCUAUUUGUCUUAAGCUCUUGAAAGAUGCUACCACUAUAUCCCUUUGUCUUCACACUUUUUGCAGGAAGUGUAUAUAUGACAAGCUUUCCGAUGAAGAGAGCGAUUGUUGUCCCGUAUGCAACAUUGAUCUCGGUAUUCUUCCUGUCGAAAAGCUCAGGCCUGAUCACAAUCUGCAAGAUAUUAGGACCAAAAUAUUCCCAUUUAAACGAAAGAAGGUUGAGGCCGAAGAAGUUGUUCCCUCAAUACCCCUACCAGCAAAAAGGAAGGAAAGAUCUCUUUCAUCAUUGGUGGUUAGUGCUCCCAAAGUUUCAACACAUACAGGCUUUACAGGAAAGAGAACAAAAACUGGUACGAGAAAGGCUGCUACUUUACGUGGAUGCAGUUUUAUCCCCGAAGGUUCUGUAAAGAAAGAAGAAACACAUGACGAAGAUAUUCUGGGUUCUUUCUUAGCUGAGACUUCUAAGAAGCAUAGACCUAAUGAAGAUACAAACAACAAUAUGGACCUUACUGAAGGAAAGGCUGAUCUCUGGACGCCCUUGAACUGUCUCGUUGAAGCGGCCAAUAGAACAAAGUCCUCAAGGUCAAAUUUACAAGGGACUCCUCUUGCCAAAUUAGAGUCCCCGGUUACUCCUCACGGUGGAUUAGUGAUGUCUGAAGUUACCAAAGCAGAGCCACCUACAUCUGUUCAGGGUGAAUUACACAUGCCUAAAACCAAGAACAAGAGCAAUGGACAUAAAACAAAGUUUGGAGAUGACAAGGAUGGAAACACCUUGCCUUCAGGACCCGUGAAGCGAAAAAGGAUGCGUCCUGCUAAUCAGAAGAGAACAGCAGCAUCUGAGAUGUCUGCCUCAGCACAACUCGUGUUAGAUGCAACAGGGAGCAGGUGCAACAGGAAAAACAGUCCUAUUUGGUUUACAUUAGUUGCUUCUGAAGACCAGAAUGGAGAAAUUUCCUUGCCACAGAUCUCGGCUUGCUAUUUAAGAAUAAAAGAUGGUAGUGUGCCAGUCUCGUUUAUUCAAAAGUACCUCAUGAAGAAACUUAAUCUUGCUAGUGAAGCAGAGGUGGAAAUAAUAUGUCGGGGUCAACCCGUUCUCCCAUCUUUGCAAAUGCAUAACUUAGUAGAUCUGUGGUUCUGCACAGCGUCAACAUCGAAAAAGCUUCCGGCAUCUGUAGGAUCUUCGGCUAAGGACUUUGUGAUGGCUUUAUCGUAUUGUCGAAAGACCAUACCUCUUUGAGAUGGUUCCCUAUCCUAUCUAUUCAUAUUAUGUGGUCCUUGAUUACUUUACAUAGAUAUACAACUACUUGGGACAAAACUCAGGUGUUUGGUGUUCCUACUUGGGAAGUUGUUCAUUAAUUUCUUCUAUGUUAUGGAUCUUUUUGAUUUGUUUCUCAUAAUGUUAAAUGUAUACCCUCCAAUUUUGUAACUUAUUACUACCAAUGGACCCUAUGAUGUCUUCCCCUUUUUAGAAUCAAAACGAGAGUAAUAGUACAUAAACAA